UAUUGCAAUAUACGGUACAAUAGACCUACUGUGUAUGGGUUUUCUGUAAACAACUGCAUGACACACCUUAAAAUCCAUGCAUUACAAUGGGUUGAGAUUGAAAGAGUGAGAAGGCUACAACUUAAUUUUUUACACACUCAUCAUCUGUGUCCACGUCUGUUUGUUAUCAAAGACCGCUACCCGUCCGUCGUUGUUUGUCAUAGAAUUGACGGGAGAGGAAAUGCAUGAGGAUGCAGUGACGUAACGGAGGGAUGAGAACAAGUUAGUGGUACUUCACCUUACGGCAGGCAUAGAGAUGGCGUCCGAAUCCCUAUGAAUAAGCAAAAAAAGAAGAGGAGGAAAGGAUGCUGGGUGGUUUGACGCAUAGGGGUACAUAUACAGUGAUGCGCCUUUUAUUUUAAUCAUGAUUAUUAUUAUUUAGCCUGGUUGUAGCUUUCAUGACGCUGGGAAGAUUCAUUUCAUUUUAGAAACUCUAGUCUACAUAGCGGUGUUGAUUUGUUGUCGGCCACAUCUGUUUUCUGCCUCCGCCUCCCUGGCUAGCCAACGCAGGGACGGCGAGACGGAAGAGGGCAGAGCGAGCGACACGGGCGAUGGCUGCGGGGGGAGGAUGCGGAGAAUUGGUAGACCAGUACCGGGCAGAGGUGGAGCGCCUCACCCGAGAGCUCGCAGAAGCUAACCGUGAAAAGAUCCGUGCGGCAGAAUGCGGACUCGUGGUCUUGGAGGAAAACCAGACCCUGAAACAGCAGUACGCGGACUUGGAAGCCGAGCAGGAGACGCUGAGACAGGAGUUGGAGCAGUUGCAAGAGGCUUUCAGCCAGGCGUACACCACCCAGCGGAAGGUGGCAGAGGAUGGCGAGAGCAACGAGGAGACGCUGCUGCAAGAGUCGGCCAGCAAAGAGGCCUACUACAUGGGCCGGCUGCUGGAGAUGCAGGCCGAGCUCAAGCUCAGACGGUCGGUGGCCUCCAACACGCAGGCGGAGAACGAGCAGCUGGCCGCCCUGCUGCAGGAGCUGCGGGAGAGUAAUGAGAUGCUGGAGCUGCAGAGGAGCCGGAUGAGAGAGGAGAUCAGGGAGUAUAAAUUUCGGGAGGCCCGUCUGCUGCAGGACUACACCGAGCUGGAGGAAGAGAACAUCACUCUGCAGAAACUAGUGUCCUCACUCAAACAGAGCCAGGUGGAGUACGAGGGUCUGAAGCAUGAGAUCAAGGUUCUGGAGGAGGAGACGGCGCUGCUGAACAGCCAGCUGGAGGACGCGCUGCGCCUGAAGGACAUUGCCGAGAGUCAGCUGGAGGAGGCGCUGGACGCCCUCAAGAGCGAGCGCGAGCAGAAGAACAGCCUGCGCAAGGAGCUGGCCCACCACUUCAGCCUGGGCGAGGGUGCUUUUGGGCCGGGCAGCAGCACGCACCUCUGCUCCCUGACCUCUGCCCCGCCUAGCGGCAGCGCUACCCCCACCGCGGCCAGCUCACCGGGCAGCGAAGAGGGGGGUAAGUGCAACGGGCACCUGCUGCAGGGGGCAGCUGGGGCGCUGCUGCUGACCAGGGCCAAUGGAGAGUACCGGCAGGCCGGGGCACGCAAAGGAGAGCAGCAACCGGAUCUCUUCAGCGAGCUAAACGUGACAGAGAUUCAGAAGCUCAAGCAGCAGCUCUUGCAGGUGGAUCGGGAGAAGACAACCCUCUCCACCAGCCUGCAGGAGUGUGAGGCCCAGCUGCAGCACGCGCAGACGGCCCUGUUUGAGCAGCACGCCCGAGCACGCCGCCUACGCGAGUGCCUGGGCUCCCUCCGCCGCCAGCGCAGCACCAGCGACAAGAAGGCCCUCGAGGAUGAAGAGGAGGAGGAGGACGACGAGAAGGGCCUGUUCUCUCAGACCGAGGGCCCCAGCGUGGAGGUGAUGCAGUGUAAGUACAGGGUGGCGGUGACAGAGGUGGUGGGCCUGAAGGCUGAGCUGAAGGAGCUGAAGGAGCGCUACAACCAGCGGGUGGAGGGAGAGGUGGAGGUGCACGGCCACAGCCAGGCACAGCAGCAGGCCCUGGAGGAGCAGGUGGUCCGCCUGGAACGCAGCUGUCGCGAGGGCAGGGAGAAGGUCACCACCCUGGAGGCCGAGCUGAAGACGGUGGCCAACUCAGCCAGCGACAGCCAGGGGCGGCUGAACAGCGCGCAGGACGAGCUGGUAACCUUUAGCGAGGAGCUGGCACAGCUCUACCACCACGUCUGCCUGUGCAACAAUGAGACGCCCAACCGCGUUAUGCUGGACUACUAUCGGCAGAGCCGCUCGCCGUUGCGUGGGUGCGGCCUGAAGGUGUCGCAGGGGCAGGAGGAGAUCCGGGCGCUGCUCACCCCCCGGCUGGCUCGCCGCCUGGCCGCCAUCAACGCUGCCGUCGCGAACGCCUCCAACUCGUCCACCGAGUCACGCAGCCCCUCAGACUCGCCAUCCAAAGAGCCGCUGGCCGCCGCCGCGGGUGGGGCCAGCCCAGCACGCACCACCCCCAGUGCCUCUUCCUCCUCCUCCUCUUCCUCGCCCGCCCCUGAGACCCCUGCCCUGGGAGGAGGCGGCGGGGGCUCGGACCCGCGUCGGGAGCCCAACAACAUCUGCCAUCUGAACGCCAUCAUCCGCGACCAGAUCCAGCACCUGCAGAGGGCCGUGGACCGCUCGCUUCAGCUGUCGCGGCAGAGGGCGGCUGCCCGGGAGCUGGCCCCGCUGCUGGACAAGGACAAGGAGGUCUGCUUGGAAGAGAUCCUCAAACUCAAGUCCCUGCUGAGCACCAAGCGCGAGCAGAUCGCCACGUUGCGACUGGUUCUCAAAGCCAACAAGCAGACUGCAGAGGGGGCCUUAGCCAACCUGAAGAGCAAGUACGAAAACGAGAAGACCAUGGUGACGGAGACCAUGAUGAAGCUGAGGAAUGAGCUGAAGGCUCUGAAAGAGGACGCUGCCACCUUCUCCUCCCUCAGGGCGAUGUUUGCCACCAGGUGUGACGAGUACGUGACCCAGCUGGACGAGAUGCAGCGGCAGCUGGCAGCGGCGGAGGACGAGAAGAAGACGCUGAACUCGCUGCUGCGCAUGGCCAUCCAGCAAAAGCUAGCGCUCACACAGCGCCUGGAGGACCUGGCGUUCGACCACGAGCUGUCGCACCGUACGCGCACCUCCGGCAGGGCCUCGCGCCUCCGAAGCUCCGCACCCAAAGUAAGUGGAACGUGCUUGGCCAGCUCCUUUCCUGGCUCCCCGAUGCUGGCUGCAUCAGUGGCGUCCAGCACAGCCGCCGCGGGUCUCCCCCCCCCUACCGCCUCCUCCACCUCCACCUUUGCGGCUUCCUUCUGCGCGCCUCCCCUGUCCCCCAAGCUCCCGACAUCCAUGCCCUCUGCACCGAGUAGCCCCCCCUCCCUGGAGGCACCGUCCUCUACGGCCUCGUGGACUCCCUCGUCCACGCCGCUGCGGCUGAGCCACUCGCAGUGGACCAUGGGCACGCGGACGUACGUGGUGGAGCCUCACUCCAUCAGCACACAAUACCCCCACCUGGCCCGGGCAUCCGCCCUUUCCCGCCGCUACACAGCCGAGUCGUAUGCGGCCUCCCCGUCCCACAGCCCCGGCUCGCUGCCAUCCUCCCCCUAUCGCUCAGCCAUGCUGGAAGGCCAGCGCUCUGCUGCGUGGAGUCCCCCGCGCCCCCGCCCCUCCCCCCACCCCUUCAUUAGCCUCUCCCGCUCCUCCUCUUCCUCCACCACGCGCUACACCCCCUCCAGCAGCUACAGUCAGCCCUACUCCCGAAACUACACCUCCCAUCACCACCACUACUGAGGCCGGGUUGACAUAGAGAGAGGAGGACUGACUGGUUUCCUGGUGUGCUGUUUUAUGUGUGAUGAGCCUCUUUGUUUUUCGAAUGUAAUAGUGACUUCCCCCCCCCUUUUUUUUUUUGCUCAGGGAUUUUUCUAUGGAAAGGAGCACUGGUGCCCUUCCCUCCCCAACAGACUGUUGAUCAGUCUUCUUGAUGACACUGUGUGUUGCUGCUGAAUCCUCUCUGUUUGUCACAUCUCUCUCUGUCCUACUCAAAAACUGUGAACAUCCUGUGCAUGUGGACAGCCUCCACAGACAGAGAGAGCAGAGAGCAUACAGCACGGACAUCAGCCAAACGGCUGAGGCUGUGACUAUGCUAUGCUAGUGACUUUACAUCAAGGUGAACAGUAUUUACCCCUCUUUUGGCUAGAAAAGUGUUCACAUGUUAGUUCAGUGUCAUACUACUACUACUACUACACACAGAUAUAUGCACUGAGGGAUCCAGCACUGUGCUCUUUAUUCUGUUCUAUAUAUUUAUCUUUUUUCUACUGACGAGGUUUUGUUACAAAAAUCAUUCACACUGAAACCCAUUCAAUUUACUAGGAUUAUUUGGAGUCUGAAAGAAAGGAGUAAAACAGGAGAAUAUGCUGGAGACAUCAUGAGAUUUUUAAAUAUUCCACCUUAAAACACCUUACAACUGUUCGAGACUAAUAUUUGCAGUAUAGUCUUUUUGAUGCUAGUUCUGUUUUGUCAUUUGACUAUUUCACUUCAAUAGGAUUUGUCCAGCUGGCACAUGCCACAAGGAAAAAUAGAUUUCGCCAUCAUUUAUACAUGGGGAUUGUAGUUCCAAAAGUCAAGACAGUGAUUUGGGCCACUAAUGCCAAUUAAACGAUCAUUCUAGAUAUGCAUUUAGAUGACAGGAUAAGAGUGCUGAUUGGUGGAUUGCUGUCUUAGUCAGUACCUCGGCUAGGUCUGCUUUGUAAAGAAGGGGUAGUAGUUUUGAAUGAAUGUAAGUGUGUGGUGUAACUCUUCAGCUACAUCAUACACCAUAACUCAGGGAAUCUCACACAUGUUUGGAAGGCGUGUGCUAGGAAUGCUAGAAUAGCGUGUGCUAGGAAUGCUAAUCCUAACGUACACUGUCAGGCUGACACCACAGUAGAGGUCAUAUGCAGUAAAGACUGGUGAAUGGCACUAGCACACAUACAAUGUGUCUUUGACACCUGUUGGAUUACAUUUAUGCUGAUUUUCAGUGAGGAAUUUGCUUAAUGAUUCCUUGUUCAGUUCAUAAGUAGAGGUUUGUUUGCCGUUAGCAUUCAGCACCAAUCAUCAUUCUGACACUUUUUUGGCUGGCUGGAGCCUACCCUCUCAAGUGGACAGCCAAACAGUAUCUUGCCAGACAGGACAGAUUACUGUCAGGGCGGUGCACUUUAAGUAAAGGGGCAGAUUGUAUCACAAAACUAUUGGGUGGAGUCCAGUUGACAUUCCAUGGUUUGAAUACUUUCCCCCUGACUUUUGAAUGCCAGUAUUAUUUGUUACAUUGCAAAAGCCCAACUAAACCAUACACAGUACGUUUAUUUCUGCCGAUCAAAUGGAAUUGUAUCCACUUAGCAACUACAGUGUAACAUACUGCAAAUGUGGACACUGUUAAAGCCAACUUUUCAUGCCAACAUAUGCCUGAACACUAAUCUACUCUCACAUAGAACUGCUGUGCAUUUUUUUGACAAUGUGUGAAGUUGCAAACUAACACGGAGCCACUGAGCAUUUGACAGUCAAUUCCCGAAUGGGCCCUCACGCUCAUCCAUUUAAGACAUUUAAGGCUGCUAGAACCUCUGUUCUCUUUUGUAUGGCAAAUGGCACUGGGUGAUGGUUUAACAAUAACCGAAACAAGAUUUCUCACAUGCUGUUGCUCAAACCUUGCCAAAGUCACCUACUCUGCCACUUACACAAGCCUUAGUAUUUGCAGUACGAUGCAGUACAACACUUGGCCUUACUGAAAGCACUGGCCUUAGAGUAUGUGUAUUUGGCUAUGCUUAUACACAUCACACCUUCCACACUGAUCUUGUUUCACUCCCACAUAUGCAACACUGGCCUUAGCAUGUUGACCUUAGUACAUGUCUUUUUUAACACUAAUAAUAUAUGUAGCUUUCUAAAUUUUGAUUAUCAAAAAAAAUGAUUGGUAUUUUUCCAAUAAUGACUCAUCAAAGGGGUUUCUAAAGUGAUUUAUAACUUGCAGUAUUAAUGUACUUGAGUGAGUUAAAUGCCUGCAGUCUUUACAAACGUAGGCAGCCGUGUAAUCAGGAUUGAUGUUUGGUGGUUGUUGGAGUAUGGCUUAUUUGUGGUGCACUGCUUUAGGUUGUGCUAAACACUGGGCGGAGUUUAUAAUCUGGGCGGGAAGUGUUCUAGAAGGAAACCAGUGAAACCUCCUCUCUGUCAACCCCUUUUCUCUAAGGCGUCUCCCUCACACACUCACACACACACACACACACACACACACACACACACACACACACACACACACACACU